UGGGAAAUUUGAAACAGUCUACGGAAAACCACGCCGCCGACCCAGCCGAGCCGAGUGCCGGCCGCACAUUCACGGCUCGCGUCUCCGAGAACCACGCGAACAUACACACAACUAAUGUGUUAACCCUCAGUGGAUUAAUUAGGACAUAAACAAUUUAUCCGUACGGUAUAAUAUUUUAAGACGUGAUACACCAAAGCAAAAACUAAUUUAAUUAUAACGUGAUUAGAGACAACCAAAAUAAACAGUUUUAAAUUUGUGUGUGUUAAAUUUUAAGUUUGAAAUGAAGUUGUUUAAUUGGAUUUAAUGCAGCGGCUCGAUGUUGACAAUUUGCACCCGCUUUUGUCUUCUGUGCGUAUGCGAACAUCCGGUGCGCGAGAAUGGUGCAAUUAACUUUGUGGUUCAAGUGUGGAUUUCCUUCUGAAUGCAUUGUAUAAUUGUUAAGCUGUUAACUAUGACUGAAAGACAAAGCUAUGAAGCUGUGGGAUAAUAAUUAAACGUUAAUUAAUAAGCAAAAACAAAAAAAAAACAAGAAAUACAAGAAAGAAGAAAUAUUUCUAUGCACAAUCCAGCAGGAUGAUGAACGACUGGGCGAACUCCACCAACAGUUACUACUACUACUAUAAUUUCAGCGAUGAUUAUCUCAAAAAUUUCACCGGCACGAACGGAACCUUCCUUCCGGAAGCGGACGCGAAUACAUUCAGCGCGCUAGUCAGAUACGCCUUGCCAAUCCUGUUGAUAUUAUGCCUCGUCUCGAUAAUGAUCAACGUGCGAGUACUGAUCGCAGUGCGAUGGAUCCGUCGGCCGUUGUCACCGACACUUCACAUCAGUCUGAGUCUCGCCGCCGCCGACGCCUGCACAUCGACAUUAAUCGGUGUCGGUUUGGUCAUCAACAGCUACCUGCCACACCUGCACAACAUCGAAUUGUGUCACAUACAAGUAUGGCUGGAGAUGUAUCGCCUCAGUGGUAUUAUCAUCACAGUUUUCCAUCUGCUGGCGUUGAGCAUCAAUCACUGGCUGGGGAUACUAAAACCAUUGCAUUAUACAACAAUCGUGACAUCGAAAAAGAUAACUAUCGUCACGGUGAUGUUAUGGGUGGUUCCAAUCGCGUUCUUCAUGACGUACUUCCUUACCGAGCGGAACUUCUGGCAGACAUGUCCAAUUACUGACAAUUCCUUCGACAAAGUCAAAUUCCGAAUUGUAUUCAUAUCGUUCUUCGUGGUGCCGCUCAUCAUGAUGAUAUAUUUCUACUCGCACAUUUUGUAUAUUGUGCGCAGGCAGCAGAGAACAUGGGCGACACUGUCGCGAUCUGGAAGUCAGCGUAGUCGAGGGAUGACCAGGGCCAGCACGCAGCAGCGACGCACAAUGGAGGGCAAUGUAAAAGCUGUUUAUACAACAUUGUUGAUUCUCGGCUCGUUCCUCGUCGGCUGGCUUCCAGCCGUGACGAUUUUCGUGUUGAUUUGUGCGGAUGGUUGCGUGUUUGCAACGGACAAAUUCGCGCAGGAAGUCGGACUCCUGAUGCAAUUCGUCAUUGGAUGGCUGAGCAACAUAUUGAUUAUUUUAAAAACUGUUGCUAAUCCGAUUAUCUACUCCGCCAGAAUGAUUGAAAUUAAAGACGGAAUGCGUCGGAUGGAAUUAGCCCUAUCUCGGAUGUUUUGCAAUUCGAAUCGUCGAGAUCGUUACACAACGAACCUCCAUCAGCCGCUCAACUUCGGUUGUAGUGCGGGGAGCGGUAAUGCAAACAUGACGGCGUUGUGCCGCCUCAACGGCAGCGUCACGACGCGCCGCAGCGGGCGCUCAAAUUACCCAAACACUUUGGUGUAAUUAACAACAAUAUCCUCUUAACGCCGGACGGGGACGAAAAAAAAUACCUUGGAAAAUGGUCCAGCUAAUACACCUAGAUUCAGCUGGUAUAGUCUCCGCAACAAAGGCGGGCAUUAUUUGUUCUUAGAAACCAUUCCUACGCGAAUAAACAAAAACAACCUAUUGUAUUGUGAUUAGUGGCGUAGCGUAUCAUAUACGGAACCUUAAGAUCCAAAAGUUCCCUUUCUUGCGUCGCAAAAGACAAAUUUUUAAAUAAAUU